AUGAAUAGAUCUACAGAUUUAAGCAAAUAUAGAAAUAUUGGUAUUAUGGCUCAUAUUGAUGCAGGUAAAACCACUACUACAGAAAGAGUUCUCUAUUAUACAGGGAGAUCAUACAAGAUUGGUGAGGUUCAUGAAGGUACUGCUGUAAUGGACUGGAUGGAACAAGAACAACAACGUGGAAUUACAAUUACUUCUGCAGCAACAACAUGUUUUUGGAAGGAUCAUCAUAUUAAUAUUAUUGAUACUCCAGGUCAUGUUGAUUUUACCAUUGAAGUUGAAAGAUCUUUAAGAGUUUUAGAUGGUACAGUUGCUGUUUUUGACUCUGUUGCUGGUGUUGAGCCCCAAACUGAGACAGUUUGGCGUCAAGCAAAUAGAUAUAAAGUUCCAAGAUUAUGCUUUGUUAAUAAAAUGGAUCGUAUUGGUGCUAACUUUUAUCGUACUGUACAGAUGAUUUCUGAUAAACUUAAGUCAGUUCCUUUGGUUGUUCAGUUGCCUUUGGGUUCUGAGUCUGAUUACAAAGGUAUUAUUGAUCUUGUAAAGAAUAAAGCUAUUGUUUGGAAGAAUGAUAAUUUAGGGGCAGAAUUUGAAGUUGUUGAUGUUCCUUCUGAUUAUGUUUCUAAAGUUGAUGAAUAUCGUGUAAAAAUGAUUGAAUUAGCUGUUGAGCAAGAUGAAAAUAUAUUAAAUAAGUAUUUUGAUAAUGGUAUUGAUUCAUUAACUGAAGAAGAAAUAAAAUUAUGUAUAAGAAAAGGUACUUUAUCUAAUUCUUUUGUUCCUAUAUUAAAUGGUAGUUCCUUUAAAAAUAAAGGUGUUCAGACUCUUUUAGAUGCAGUUUUAGAUUAUUUACCAUCACCUUUAGAUAUUCCUGCAAUUAAUGGUAUUGAUAAUAGCAAAGGUGAAAUAAUUGAAGUUUCAAGAAAUGCUGGUGACAAUGAACCCUUUUCUGCUUUAGCAUUUAAAGUUAUGAUUGAUCCAUACGUUGGUACAUUGACCUUUUGUCGUAUAUAUUCUGGUUAUAUUAAGCCAGGAGAUUCUGUAUUAAAUACAGGCAGAAACAAAAGUAAUAAGGAACGUAUUGGUCGUAUUAUUGAAAUGCAUGCAAAUUCAAGAACUGAUAUUAAAGAAGCAUAUGCUGGUGAUAUAAUUGCAUUAGUUAGCUUGAAGGAUACAAUUACUGGUGAUACAUUAUGUGAUCCAGAGAAUCCAAUUAUAUUAGAAAGUAUGACUAUACCUGAGCCAGUUAUUGAGGUUGCUGUUGAGCCAAAAUUAAAAGCAGAUUAUGAUAAGAUGUGUAUUUCUCUUAAGAAAUUAUCUACAGAAGAUCCUUCUUUCUUUGUAAGUACAAAUGCAGAAACAGGCCAGACUACUGUAAAAGGUAUGGGUGAGUUGCAUAUUGAGAUUAUGCUUGACAGAUUGAUAAAAGAACAUAAAGUUAAUACUAGUGUAGGUAAACCAGCAGUAGCAUUCAGAGAGAAAGUUAUUAAGGUUUGUGAGAUUGACUAUACUCAUAAAAAACAAACAGGUGGUGCAGGGCAAUUUGCUCGUAUUAAAUUUCAAAUUGAACCUUUGCCUAUUGGAAGUGGUGUACAAUUUGAAAGUAAGAUUGUAGGCGGAGUGGUUCCUAAAGAAUAUGUUCCAGGUAUUGAGAAAGGUAUUAAUAUUGUUUCUAAUACAGGUAUUUUGGGUGGAUAUCCAAUAAUUGAUUUUAAGGUCACCCUAUUUGAUGGUGCAUACCAUGAUGUUGACUCCUCUGUUUUGGCUUUCCAGAUUGCAACUGUUUAUGCUUUGAAGGAAGUUUUAUCAAAAGGAAAUCUUGCACUUUAUGAACCAAUAAUGAAUGUUGAUGUGUUUUCUCCAGAUGAAUUUGUUGGUGUUGUUAUUGGUGAUUUAAGUAGUAGAAGAGGAAGAAUUCAAAGUACAAGUGCUGAGGAUGGUUCAUCUGUUGUAAGUAGUCUUGUACCACUUUCUAACAUGUUUGGUUAUGUUAAUGAUCUUCGUUCUGCAACACAAGGUAGAGCUUCAUACACUAUGAUAUUUAACAAAUAUGAAGAGAUUCCUAAAAAUAUUGCUGAAGUUAUAAUAAGUAAAAAUGCUUAG